UGACAAUUUUGAUAGGUUAAACGUCACAUCCUAACGCUUUUUAAAAGUUUUUGAAAGAAAAAAGUGUAAUACACUCAUUUGUUCAUUUUUCCUUCAUUAUACAACAUUUCUAAUGCAAAAUGAAAAACGUGAUUUUAAGAAAAAUUAUAGUACAACGGUUUUUUCGAACCAAGUCGACGUUAUCAAGACUUGACGUUCUUGAAGAAACCACUAAAAACCACGAAAAGAAGGAAUUGCAGAAGUUAAACAUAAUUCAAAAAGAGAAGCUAAUAAAACCAGGACCUUCUUUAAAGGAGUUCAUUCAAAAAGAAAAUAAUGUUACAUUACAUAGUGCUUUAAAAAGUGACCCAGUUCCAUACUUGGACAGGAAUAGCAACUAUGGAUUAAAAAGAAAAGUCUAUUUUGAAGUAUAUGGUUGUCAAAUGAAUGUGAAUGAUACCGAAAUUGUUUGGUCCAUUUUGAAAGACAAUGGUUUUCUAAAAACAGAAAAUUUGUUAGAAGCUGAUAUAGUUUUACUCAUCACUUGUGCCAUUAGAGACAGUGCAGAAGUUAAAAUAUGGAAAAGACUAGAAUAUCUAAAAAGUUUGAAAAAAAAGAAAAGUCUCAUUGAGUACAAGCCAUUUUUAAAAGUUGGCGUACUAGGAUGUAUGGCAGAAAGAUUGAAGACAAAGUUACUUGAAAAAGACAAACUGGUAGACAUAGUAGCUGGACCUGAUAGUUAUAGAGAUCUGCCACGUUUGUUGGCUCUAACUGAAAACAAUCAAACUGCUGUAAAUAUAUUACUAUCCUUAGAAGAGACUUAUGCAGAUGUUACCCCUAUUAGAUUAAAUCAGGAUUCUGUUUCAGCCUUUGUCUCAAUAAUGAGGGGAUGUGACAACAUGUGCACUUACUGUAUCGUGCCUUUUACAAGGGGGAGGGAGAGAUCAAGGCCUGUUGACUCGAUUUUAGAUGAAGUAAGGCAGCUGUCUGAGCAGGGUGUCAAAGAAAUAACUCUGCUUGGUCAGAAUGUUAACAGUUACAGAGAUUUGUCAAAAGCAAAAAGCUUUUACACAUUAAAUUCCAGUAAAUUGUCAGAGCCAGUGACAACAGCAAAAGGUUUCAAAACAGUUUACAAAACCAAAAUUGGCGGAUUACGUUUUGCAGACUUACUGUGUAGAGUAGCAGAGAUUAAUCCUGAAAUUAGAAUAAGAUUUACUUCCCCCCAUCCUAAGGAUUUUCCAAACGAAGUUUUAGAGGCAAUUAAAUCGAAACCAAAUAUUUGCAAAAGUCUUCACAUGCCUGCUCAGUCUGGGAAUACUGAGGUUCUCUUACGCAUGCGAAGGGGAUAUACAAGGGAGGCCUAUUUAGAUCUUGUUAAUCAUAUACGCAGUUUGAUGCCUAGUGUGACGUUAAGUUCCGAUUUCAUUUGUGGAUUUUGUGGAGAAACCGAGAAAGAAUUUGAGGACACACUAUCAUUAAUGGAAAUAAUAAAGUACAACACAGCCUACCUGUUUUCUUACAGUAUGCGCGAGAAAACAACUGCGCAUCGUAGAUACGUAGAUGACGUCCCGAAAGACGUUAAAGUUUCGAGAUUAAUAAGGAUGUCUGCAGUGUAUCGUAAAUAUGCAGAAGUUUUAAACAGGUCUCAAAUAGGACAAAUUCAAUUGGUUUUGGUUGAAGGGAAUAGUAAAAGAUCUGAAAAAUAUCUAGCUGGAAGGAAUGAUGGAAAUAUAAAAGUUAUAUUUCCAAAGGGACGGAUCCCUCACAAAGAUGGAAAUCACCCCAUUGAUAUUAAAGUUGGAAGUUAUGUUGCAGUUCAAAUAAACGACGCCAACUCUCAAGUAUUAAAAGGAAUACCAUUGUAUCAUACCACAUUAAUGGAUUUUUAUAGGACUGAAUUGUGUAAAAAACAUGAUAUAUCUUAUUUGAAAUAUGCUAGUUAUAUGUGAGGCUUCUAAUUAAUGUAAUGUCUAUUGUUUGAAAAGUAGUAAAAUAAAAGUUUAAUAAAU